UCUCUUCUCUUCCCCCUCUAUCAAAUCCCAGCCAAAAAUGAGAGAGCUUCCACUCCAUACUAAAACCAAGAGUGAACUAACUCUGAUAGGUUGAAGCUCAUUUACACACUGUUUUUUUUAUUUGUAUAUAUAUUUUGUUUGUUGUUUAAGGUACUGACGUCUGUGCCUUGAUUUUAUAGUUUAGCCAAUCCAACCUUAAAAGUCUAAAUUUUGGAAGAAGAUUAAAAGCAAAAUGGAUCGAGGCUAUUUCGAAGUUGUGAUGAAGGAACCCUUCUUUCGGAAAAUGUUGAGUUUACCUUGUGCAUUUGGCCAUAGACACAUGAAGAAGGGGCAAAAGUUUGAGAAAGAGGCUACUGUUCAGACUGAUCGUGCUAGCUGGCCGGUUGUAAUCCGCGGUUAUGAUAGAUUUAAAUUUCGAAAUGGGUGGGGUGAAUUUGUUCGUGCCAAUGAGCUGCGUGUAGGAGAUGUUUGCCGUUUUGAGCUGAUUGAUGAGGAGGAAUUCAUAUUUAAAGUUUGCAUUAAUCCAAGUCUCAAUGAAGUAUAGUCGAUAGAAAUAGAGACAAUUCCCUUUGAUUAUUUAGCUUAAUAUCUGGUUCAAAUGUUUCGACUUGAGAGGGAAGAUAAAUGUGAACUAAACAUUGUAUAUUCAUUAUCGGAUUGAAGGUUGAUAUAUCAAAAGUUUA